AUGUAUAAAACUUUCGUGAUAGCUUUUGUUUGUGCCUCCGGGCUUCUCAGCGGAUGCCAUGCCCAAGUUGAUGGCAUAGAUGUGAGGGAUAUGAUGGAAGAGAUGGAACAUGUUUGGGUCGACAAUGAUGGAACCAACUCGAAUGGCUUUUUGAAAGACGUGUCGCCUUGUCUGAACUACGCUUCUGGGUCUAGCAACCAAGGCAGACAAACUUCCGCUCAAUGGGUUCGAUUCGCCUUUCAUGAUUUCGUAACAGCGGACGCUGCGACUGGAACAGGGGGUAUGGAUGCAUCACUGGGUUUCGAAAGUAAUCGUGGAGAAAACCAUGGACCAUUCGUGAACGACUCUUUAACAUUAUUCAAACCAACAGUGAGUGCGUACUUAAGCAUGAGUGACAAUGCAGCUUUAGCGGUUGUUGCGGCAGUUGCAAAAUGUGGUGGUUCUGACUCGGGAAUCAAUUUGCGUGUUGGUAGAAUUGAUGCAACAUCAGCUGGCCCAGCUGGUGUUCCAGGACCACCAACAGAUCUGAAUAAGACCCUUGCUCAAUUCGCAGCAUCCGGAUUCGAUGCUAGUGACACAAUCGCCCUAACAGCGUGCGGACAUUCAUUGGGUCGUGUUCAUAAUUCUGACACUGCAAUUGUUGUCAAUUCAUCUUUUGUCUCCCCAACCAAUCUCGAUGGAGGUGACCCAUUUGACUCCACGCCAGGUGUUUUUGAUCCGAACAACAUCAAUGAAUAUUUGAAUGGCACCGGAAAUCUUGGGGGUCCCCUCUGCACAGCAGCAAAUGUGGCAUUUCGAUCGGAUUAUCGUCUAUACAUAUCUGAUAACAAUGCAACCGUUCAAAGUAUGUCCGAGGAAACGGCAUUUCAAAGUAGAUGCAACUCAUUAUUUGAGAAGAUGAUAGACGUCGUACCUAGUACAGUGACUCUUUCGGAUGCGGUCCAACCUAUGGAAUGGAAAGCGGUAGAUGUAAUGAUGGAUGUCUCGUCUGCUGGCAAUGUUUCCAUCUCGGGACUUAUUCGGAACCUCUACACCACCACGCAGCCUCCAGACACGGUCUCUUACACAACGACAUCUUCCACUACUGCAAAAUCUUCGACCGCCACUAGCAGUAAGAAAUCUGGCUCCGGGACUUCUGUCUUCGGCUCGACGACCUAUUGGCCAUUCAACAGCACAAUUGCUUCAGGGACAACAUCCCUAUCUUUCAACAAUGUUUCUUAUCCGAUCAAUGACAACAUCUUUGUCUUGCCGGCACAAUCUUCCUUUGACUCGAAAACCGGAUCUCUCGUCGUCAAGAGCGCUGCUCUUACAUCUGCUAGCGGCGAUGGGGAUAUGACAGCGGUUUUUUAUGUCCCCACUGAUCAGGAAGGGACGAUAAGUCCAAAGAUUGUUCACAAAAAUGUAACAAUGACUUCGUUUGGUACCGCUGGAGCAUAUACUCUAUACUCAUCGGAUGCAGUGACAGCAUCUUCCACGGGAACGGUAAUCGUCAAAGUUAUUCAAGGUGAUGCUUCGAGUCGAACUGUGAAGAGUACCAUAUUUGCUUCGUAA